GGCCGGUCUGCUCUGACUUCCCAGAGGCACCGUGGUUUCAGACCUUCUGCCAGUUUGCCCACUACCGCUGCUUCAAACGCCAGUUCUACACCAAGCGAAUCCCAUGUUCAAAUUUGUCUCUUCCAAAGAACCUUCUCUCCCCAGCAGAGGAACCUUAUGCUGUGGACUCCUGGGCAGAGGGCAAAAGCUCCCCAACAGAAGCCCCCUCUCCUGCUCUCUCCCCAGCUCUGAGGAAGAAUUCUUUCUCAUCCGUUGAUGCUCUGCUGGAUGACAACGUGGACGCUUUCCUGAGGUUCUCCUUUGCACUGUCAGGUCAGAAGCCGCUGCUGAGGAACAUCCCGCCGACCGUGACAGAUAUGCCGAGACCCUCAUGGGACAGCGGGCUCCCACCAACCCUGCCAGUCACAGAUACCCCUGUCCCCUCGCCUCCUGGGCUGGAAGCCCCUGUACCCUCACUGACUGGGCUGGGAACCCCUGCCCCGGCAAAUCAAGCCUGGGAGGAACGCCUGCAGAACAACAUCAAGCAUCUGAUCUACUUUGCCCUCUACUUGAGCAUCCAGGGCUCUUCUCUGAACCCCAGCACCGAGUCAGACCCAGAGAGCACAUCAGGCAGUGCCAAGGAGGAGGUGCAGGAGACAACCCCCCGGGGCAGCCUUUUAGCCCUGAACAAGAACAAGGCAAUGAUAAUCUUGUGCUAUGCAAUGCUGGAGGGAGACUGUCUCUCAUCGGUGAUCACGCAGGCCUGGAAGGAGGUGGAAGAAAGAGUCCUUGGAUUUGGAGAUUCGGUGUGUGACAACCUCGGGCGGCGUCACAUGGACCUGUGCCCUGACUGUGCUUUCUGCUCACUGAAGAGGGAGCAGUGUCAGAACAUCAAAAGCCUGAACCGUGUUCACUGUGACACAGGCAGCUUCAUCACCUACAUCAACCCUCAGAUCUCAGCCCAGUACCAGGCUGCAAACAAUGAAAUGCCAAAUACCUGCUCUCCAGGGACCUCAGAGUACUAUGGGAUGGAGGUUUUCAGAGGGCUGAGGGUGGAGUACUGGUGCAGCCGGAUGGCCACUCGUGGCUGUCAGGACUCUCAGGUGGCCCUCUGGCUGAAGGCAGAGUACACUGCCUUCCAAGAUGGAGAUGUCCCAAGCCAGAUCUGUGACUCAAGUGGAGUUCAGCACCCUAACUACUGCGCAUUCAAGAGCCACCAGUGCCUGCAGCGGAACCUCUACAACCAGAAGGUAUCUCGCCAUGGCUGCUGCAGAAACAAGACAUACCAGGUGCUGAGUGAGAAGGAGGGAGAGGAGGAAGUGCAGCUGUGGCACCAGAGGUUCCUGGACCUCACCAAGGGGUGA